AUGUGUAUUACUGUAUUGUGGACAUGUUUAAUGCAAGGUCAACACGUGGGGGGCGUGUUGCCUGCUACACGCAGGGGGCGUGAAGAGACGUGGCGGAACCUCGUUGGUUGUAGCCCGAAUCACGCCGGGGGCGUGUUGCCACAGCACGGGAAAGGCGUGCUGUCGUGGCGCAAUGUCAUUGGCUGGAGAAGGAAUCACGCCGGGGGCGUGUUGACUCAGCACGGGGGGCGUGGUGACGUGGAGCUAGCACGCGGUAGUGCAAUGGAGGGUACCGCAAAGUUGGUGGUGUAUCGCAACGGUGAAAUAAUUCGCAAUACUCAUGAGGGAGUGAGGUUUGUCUGCCAGAAUCCGUUUUCGUUUGUGGUUCCAUUCACCAUGACGUUAAUGGAGCUUCAGAACGGUCUCUGUCAAAGUAUAGAGAACGGUACGUUAAUGAGAGUGAGCAGAAUUUUGUACCGGAAUCCAGUUAUAGUUUUUGGUGGUCUAAUACAAUUUGAUACCAUGCCGAUCACUGACGAACGUAGAGACAGAAGGGAUUCAAAUGUUUUAGAUAUAGAGGAUGAUAGAGCUGCAGUGUACGAGGGAAUAGAUAGUGACAGCGAAGAGGAUUUUGAAGCCACUUAUGAAGCCGGCGAUGAAGACAAGGAUGGUGACGUGGGAGUUGAGACAGCAACGGAGAAUAUAGUGGUUCAUCCCUCGAGCAGUCAACCGAUGAACGUACCACCAUUCAUGCGUGAGUUGGAUCUCGACGCCAUGCAUGCACCGGAAUUUCCGGAAUAUGCAAACAUAGGCAUUGCUGAUCCUGAGGAUGGAGAGUUCCGGAUUGGAAUGGAAUACAGUUCCAGAAAGUCAGUGGUGGCUGUAAUUAGAAGAUACACUAUCGUUAGAGGAGUUGACUACGAUGUGUAUGAGUCUGAGCCACAGAUCUUCUAUGCAAAAUGCAAGAUGUAUGGGCGUGGGUGCGACUGGCUUAUCCGAGCCAGCUUGAUACGGAAAAAAGAUUGUUGGGAGAUACGCAGAUACAAUGGAAGGCACACGUGCACAAUGGGAACGAUUUCACAGGAUCAUUCCAAGUUGGACUCGGAUACCGUUGCUGAUAGUAUAUUGCCGUUAGUCGAGACUGACCCGUCAAUCAAGGUGAAAUCUAUAAUAGCGGAAGUCCAGUCAAGGUUCAACUAUACGAUCAGUUACCGAAAGGCUUGGUUGGCAAAGCAAAAGUCCAUAGAAAAAAUUUUCGGUAGUUGGGAGGAUUCUUACCAAGCCUUGCCAUGGUGGCUAUCGGUCAUGGUUCAUAAGAUACCUGGGUCAGUUGUGCAAAUAGAAACACGCCCACUGUACAACGGGAAUGAGGAGGCGCAAGGUGUAAAAAUACUUCAUCGCGUAUUUUGGAGCUUCAAUCCAUGCGUUAGGGCAUUUAGGCAUUGCAAGCCUCUAGUUCAGGUGGACGGCACACACUUAUACGGAAAAUACAAAGGAACACUCCUGGUCGCUGUUGCACAAGAUGAGAACCAGAACAUUGUGCCUAUAGCUUUUGCGCUGGUGGAAGGGGACAGCUGA